AAGAAAAAAAAAAAUAAAAAAAAGUAAAACUAAAUAAAUAAUAAUAAUAAGUAAGUUUAAAAUAAAGCAUACAAUUAGAAUGAAUUUUUAAAUAAGUCAAGAACAAAUUAAAGAAUUAUAAAACUUUAACAAUAAUAUAAUAUUUAAUUGGCCUUAAGAAUUAGAUUUUUGUGAUGUUUGCCUAAUAAAAGUUCCGUUACAAAAAGAUGAGUUAAUAUAUUGUGAUCUUUGUAAUGGAUUAACCCAUCAAUCAUGUUAUGGCGGACAACUUUAAAAUAUAAUCCCAGAAAAUCAAUGGUUUUGUUAAAGAUGUGAAUUAAUUAUUGACAAAUAUUUAAAUAAUAAAAAAGCAGAAAUUUUAAAAUGCCACUACUGUCCUGAAUUAAAAGGAAUUAUGAAAAAAUAUUAUACAGUGGAAACUAAAGAAGAAAUAUGGUCACAUAUAGCUUGUAUUGCUUGGCAAAAAAAUAUAAAAAUAAUAAAUGGAAAUAUAAUCGAAAAUCAAUACAAACUAAAAAAAACUACUACUUAUUGCAAAAUAUGUGGUAUUUCAUAUGGUAUUUGUGGAUAUUGUUUCAAGAAUGAUUGCGAUUUUUCAUUCCAUUAUUUAUGUGCAAAAAGAUAAGGCUUAAUUUAAGACACAUUUUAAAUGAAUUAAUUAUUUUAGCUUAAAUAAAAUUAGUAAUAAAUAUUAGGUCAAGAUAAUUAUAUAGUUUAUUGUCAAAAGCAUUUGCUUGAAUUACAAAACCUUUAAAAUAAUUAAUUUUUAAAAGGAAAAUUUUAUUUAAAAUAUGUAAGUAUAGAGACAAUUGUUUGA